UCACGUUGCAGAACUGCCCCAAGAAAAGGGCUGCCCCCGCGUUGAUGAAGUCAAUUGUCGUCUCUCCUGCCAAGACUACGAUCUGUGGAAGCUGACAAACACCAACACCAAAUCCUGGGCCCAUACACUCCGAAGUCGUGCCCUAUUCCUCGCGGGACUGAUCGCAACCUCUUGGCUCCGACUAGCAGGCUCUCGAGAUGGCCGCGGCUCGAGAAUUCCCGACCAUCAAGGCCAUAAGGUCCUAUGUCAUUGGCGGUGUUGGGUCAGGCGGCGAUUACCACAACGUCAAGGGGGGACACUGGCUGAUCGACUCGCCCAUCUCAACACCAUGCUCGAAAUGGGAGAAAUACAGAGCCUCGCGCACAAGCUGGGGCAUCAACGUGCUCGGCUCCUUCUUCGUUGAGAUCGAGGCUACCGACGGCACCGUCGGCUUCGCAACCGGCUUCGGCGGCCCGCCGGCAUGCUGGCUUGUCCACCAGCACUUUGAGCGCUUCCUGAUCGGUGCCGACCCUCGCAACACGAACCAUCUCUUCGAGCAGAUGUACCGCGCAUCCAUGUUCUACGGCCGCAAGGGCCUGCCGGUCGCCGUCAUCUCCGUCAUCGACCUGGCCUUGUGGGACCUGCUGGGCAAGAUCCGCGGGGAGCCCGUGUACAAGCUGAUCGGCGGCAACACCAAGGACCGCAUCGACUUCUACUGCACCGGCCCCGACCCGCCGGCCGCCAAGGCCAUGGGCUUCUGGGGCGCCAAGGUGCCGCUGCCGUACUGCCCCGAGGAGGGCCACGCCGGGCUCAAGAAGAACGUCGAGUUCCUGCGCAAACACCGCGAGUCGGUCGGGCCCGACUUCCCGCUCAUGGUCGACUGCUACAUGUCGCUGAACGUGCCAUACACGAUCGAGAUCGCCAAGGCGUGCGAGGAGCUCAACAUCAACUGGUGGGAGGAGUGUCUCAGCCCCGACGACACCGACGGCUUCGAGCAGAUCAAGCGGGCGCACCCGACCAUCAAGUUCACGACGGGCGAGCACGAGUACUCGCGCUACGGCUUCCGCAAGCUCAUCGAGGGCCGCAACCUCGACAUCAUCCAGCCGGACGUCAUGUGGCUCGGCGGUAUGACCGAGCUGCUCAAGGUCGCUGCCAUGGCGGCCGCCUACGACAUCCCGGUGGUGCCGCACGCGAGCGGGCCCUACAGCUACCACUUCGUCAUCAGCCAGCCCAACACGCCGUUCCAGGAGUACCUGGCCAACUCGGCCGACGGGAAGAGUGUGUUGCCGGUGUUUGGUGACCUGUUCAUGGACGAGCCCAUUCCGACGAAGGGCUUCCUCACGACGGCCGACUUGGAUAAGCCAGGCUUUGGGUUGGCCGUGAACCCCGCGGCAAGGUCCAAGCUGAUUCCCAGCACCUACCUGUUGGCAUUGCCGCAGUCUCUCGGCCCGCCGAAUGGCAAUCCGGAGGAAACGGCGCAGGCGCAGAACGGGACCGCGUAGGGUAUCAAGGUCGAACCACCAACCAUAUUGGAUGCCGUGUUGCCAUCAGACCAUAAUAGCUUCUUGCAUAUUGACAGAAUUCAAGGAGUCGUCUUUGGUCUUACCAGAAUGCCUCUUGGACGAGUCGCGGGACGACUGACGUCAUGCGAUCUCUCGUGAAGUUGAGUGGCCGGGUCGGCUAUUUCCUUUCUUCUAUGGGUGGAAAGUUUGGGAACCUGCCUGUGAGUUACAGUUGCUUAGAGUCGACCUCUCUGGAAUGCCCUCGUAGCACCCCAUCUCUUGAAAAGGCGAACUGUUGGCAGGGAGGAGACUUGGCCUUGCUUGCCUCGCUGUCAUUUAACCCGAGGUGUGGGCCCGAGGCACUAAAGCGGUGGGU